UCAAACCACCAUCCACAUGGCUACCACCUUCUCCAGCGGCAGCUUUGUCUCCAGCAGGUCCUCAAUGGGCUCCUCACGAUUCUCCAGUUCAGGUGGAGGUGGCCGCAUCAGUGCCAUGAGGGCUGGCAGCGUGUACGGGGGUGCAGGGGGUUCAGGGGUCCGGAUCUCCAGUGUCUCUCGUUCCAUGUCCGCAGCAGGGUCAGGAAGUGGAUUUGGAGGCGGGUUUGGUGCUGGUGGAGGAUUCGGUGGGGGAUUUGGUGCUGGAGGAGGGGGAGGAUUCAGUGUCUCUGGAGGAGCAGAUGACAGCAUCAUUGGCAAUGAGAAGUUCACGCUGCAGAAUCUUAACGAUCGUCUGGCUACUUACCUUGAGAAGGUCCGCUCACUUGAAAAGGCCAAUGCUGAAUUUGAGUUGAAGAUACGCCAAUUCCUUGAUAGCAGAGUCUCUCCUUCUGGCAGUGCUCGUAUCUACUCAGACUUCGAGGCUACUACCAGUGACCUCCAGGCUAAAAUCUUGGCUGCCAUGCAGGUGAAGAACACAGUCCACCUCAGCAUUGACAAUGCUAGCUUGGCUGCAGAUGAUUUCAGAAUGAAAUAUGAGAAUGAGAUGGCAAUGCGUCAGUCUGUGGAGGCCGACAUCGCGGGGUUAAAGAGUGUUCUUAGCGAGCUCAACCUGAACAAUAAAGACCUCAAUCUGCAGAUCGAAGGGCUCAAAGAGGAGCUGGUCUACAUGAAGAAGAGUCACGAGGAGGACCUCUUGGCCUCACGUGAACAGAUGAGUGGACAGAUCAAUGUGGAAGUCGAAGCAGCACCACAGGAAGACCUCACCAAAAUUCUUGCGGAGUUGCGUGAGCACUACGAAACCGUCGUAGCCAAGAGCCAGAGAGACCUUGAAGGCUGGUUCCAGCAGAAGUCUGAGGCUGUGAAACAAGAGGUUGUAACAAGCACAGAGACCUUGCAGACGUCAAAAACCGAGGUCAGCACAGUGAAGAGCACAGUACAGUCACUGGAGAUUGAGCUUCAGUCCCUCCUUUCCAUGAAAUCAUCUAUGGAAAGCACCCUGAGUGAGACUGAGAAUCGCUAUUCCCUGCAGCUGUACGGAUACCAGGCACAGGUGGGUGGAAUGGAGGGCCAACUGGUGCAGCUCCGGGCUGAUCUGGAGCGCCAAAGUCAGGAGUAUCAGAUGCUCCUGGACAUCAAGACCAGACUGGAGAUGGAGAUCGCAGAGUACAGGAGACUGCUGGAUGCCGAGGCUAGUGGAAGCCUCGCAAUCUCAGCCAGCUCUGGCUCCAGCUCCUCCUCCAGCUCCAUCACUUCCACCAGAACAGCAGUGAUCACUGUUGUGGAAGAGGUGGUCGACGGCGGGACGGUGAUUUCUUCCUCUUCAACAAAGCUUAUUAAGUAAAGCACACCAGACUCAUGUCAGUUGGAGAAUGCACCUAGCAUGCUGACAAAAAUGUGGUGGUAGUUUGUGAGCAUUUUCAACAAUAAAAACAUCCCAUAGACAAAAUG